GUUUUAUCCAAACUUAAUUUUCCAGGAGCAAAGUAAAGCACGAACGAUUUGAAUCACAAAUCUCUGUAUUUGAGUUAGGGUUUUGAGAAGACAAUUAAAUGUACAACGGAAUCGGUCUGACAACCCCUCGAGGGUCAGGCACCAAUGGUUACAUUCAGAGCAACAAAUUCUUCGUAAAGCCGAAGACGAAUCGGGUAACCGAUUCCACCAGACCUUUCGAGGCCGAUCAAGGUACGGCCGGUCUCACCACCAGGGAACCCAACAAGGAAAUCCUGGAGCAUGACCGCAAGCGUCAGAUUGAGCUCAGGCUUGUGGUUUUGGAAGAUAAACUCACCGAACAAGGUUACACUGAGUCUGAGGUCGCCGAGAAGCUUGUCGAGGCUAGGAAAGCUCUCGAAGAUGCCCAGCAAGAGAAAGAUGAAGAAGAAGGAGAAGUUGUACCUAAGCCUACUCAUCGACAAAAGGUUUCAAAUACGCAGACCCACCAAGUUGCUGCGAGGAAGGAGAAGCAGAUGCAGACCUUUAGGGCUGCUCUUGGAAUCGGGGUUUCUGAAUCUGGGCUUCCUCCUCUGCCAAAUCGUCGAAAAAAUAACGAUGAGCGGGAGCAUUCCUUUCUGAAUAGAGAUCCACCUGUUUCUGCAGCAUUGGAUGCGGAUGAUCUUAAUGUUAAAGCUGACAAGAAAGAAGUUCAAGCUGUUCGAGAUGAAGAUGAAGAGCUGCAAAAUCGAAAAAAGAAAAAGGAUAAGAAGAGGUCUAGGCAUCAGGACUCGGAUACUGAUACAGACAGCAAUGUAGAGCAUUCAAAGAAAACUGCUCGCAAGAAGAGUCGUAAGCAUUAUGAUACUGAGAGUAGUGGUUCUGAUGAUAUUGUCAGUCGAAAGAAGUCAAAAAAAUCAGAGAAGCGCAAUAGAAGCAGACCUAAUGAUAGACAGGGUAGUGAAUCGGAUUAUGAUUCAAAUAGGGCAAGAGGUCAUAAAAAGGAAACAGUUAGGACAAGUCGUCAUAGGCAUGACUCCAGUGAGGAUGACUCUGAUUCUGGUGGUGGGAGGGAAAUGAAGAGAGGUGAAGUUCAAAAACAAAAGAUCGAGUUGAUUGGGAGACAAAGGAGAGAGCGGGGCAAUAUGGGUAACAAAUCCGAUUCUAAUGCUGAAAGACAAAGAGGCAGAAAAAAAGAAACAGUUAACAAAGUUCGUAAUAGGCAUGACUCCAGUGUGGAUGCCUCUGAUUCUGAUGAUGAGAGGGAAAAGAAGAGAGGUGAAAUCCAUAAACAAAAGUAUGAGUUGAUUGGGAGUCAGAGGAGAGCGAGGGACAACAUGGGUAGUGAAUCUGAUUCUGAUGCAGAGAGAGGGAGAGGCCGUAAAAAGGAAACAGUUAAGAAAGGUCCUCGUAGGAAUGAUUCCAAUGAGGCCGACUCCGACACUGCUGGUAGAAGGGGAAGGGAGAAAGGUGAAUAUGAUUCCGAUGGAGAUAGAACAAGAGAUCCUAAAAAGGAAAUAGUUCAGAAACAUGGUCAUAUGUAUGAUACGGAAGAUGAUAGUGAUUCUAGUAAAAUUGAUGAAAAAGUAGAGAAGGGUAGGAGAAGAGGUAGAAGACAUGAUUCUGAGGAUGAUGAGAAUCCCAAUUCAUCCUAUGGCAGGAGAAGUGGCGAGGCUAAAGCAGCAAGAGAAAGGACUGCUAGGAGAUCGGUCUCUCCGAGAGAUGAUACUGAUGCAAGUUCUGGUGACUCCGAUAAACAUGAUGUAAAGCAUCAAACUAUUGUAAAGAAUAAUGCUGUUGACAAAGAUAGAAGAGGACAUAGAGGUGAUGAUGACAGUCAUAAUGCUAGAGGUCGUCGAUAUCAAGAAGAAAAGGACUUUGCAUCUGCUGCAGCCAAGAAUGAUGAUAGAAGGGGAAGAACCCUAAAUGAGGGUGAUAGAUUAGAGAGAUUGCAGAAAUCAGAAAACAAUAGGGAAAUGAUGAAAGGAAAGAGGAAGUUCGAUGAUGAAUUCCAUGACGAGCAGCCAGAAUCAAAGUCAAGAAGUCGAAACUUGGGAAGAGGCAUGGAGCAAAAAAGGGAUAAUCCAAAGGAUAAGUUCAAUUCUGAAUCAAAUGCCAAAGAUUAUGGGGGGAGAGAUGAUUUGAAUAGGGAUGAAUAUUCUAGGUGGGGGGAAGAUGACCAGAAUAAGGAUGAAUACUCUAGAUGGGGAAGAGAGGAUCGGAAGAGGGAUGAAUAUUCUAGGUGGGAGAGAGAUGAUCGGAAGAGGGACAAUACUUCUAGGUCAGUUAGGACUGGAGGAGAGCCUGACGGUGAGAGUGGUAGACAAGAUGGCAGACUUCAGAGCAGGAUCAGCAAACCAGAUGAUGGAUCUAAGAGAGAUGAUCGGGUUUACGAGGACCAGAGAGGUGGACGAAGGAAUGGCAGGGAAGAAGAGGAACCCGGAGGGAGAGAAAAAGAAAGAGAUGAGACGGACCAUAAAUAUAGAAGUCGUGGAAGGGAUGAGGAUGAGAAUCAUGGAAGACAUAGGUACAGGGAAGACGAUCAAGGGAAUAAAGGUAAUGUGCGGGAUAGAAUGGCAUAUGAUGAUGUCCGGUCUAGUGAGAGAAGAUCGCGUAGAGAUGACUGACAAUGAUGGGUGUGAGAACGUACUUGGUUGAAAGUACGUUUAAAAGGUACAAGCUUGAAAUGGUUUAAAGACUUUAUGAAGGCAAGUGCCCCCCCUAUACGAGUGUUUAAAUUUGAAGGAUGUUUUGUGUGUUUUUGGUUUCCCUUUGGUUCGCUGGAUUUUAGAAUUUAUCAUAUGACGAGUAAUGAAUAAGCCUUCUGUAUAUUCAGAGGAAGAACUGCUUUUUGUAAUGGUUUAUUUUGUCCCAACAUUUAGUGUUUAAUAUAGACUGAUAUUAUUGGCUGC